AUGCCAGCAGAGGAGCGGCGCCCAGCCCUGGAGGCCACGGAGCCCGGCUUCAGCGCUUCGCAGAUUGCGGACAUUGAGGAGUUCGUGGCCGUGGCCCCGCGCAUGCAGAUUCAGGACGCUCAUGUCUUCGUGCACGGCGAGGAAGAGAUCUGCGUCGGUGACAUUGCCACCCUGGAGCUCAAGUUGAUACGCGCCAACUUGCGUGAGGGAGAGGCAAUCGGUGCCGCGCAUGCCCCACGGUUUCCUGGAAAGGUUCCGGAAGCUUGGUGGCUCACCUUUCGACUGCCCGGGAAGGGCAAGAGUGGGACAAGCGUGUGCAGGCGAAUCUCCGACAUCUCCCGCGAGGUGGUUGCCAGCGUGCGCUUCCGAGUUCCGCUUGCAGGCAAAUGCCGCCUCAGGCUGACUCUGACCUGUGAGGCUUAUGCUGGUUCUGUCAAUGCUCAGCUUCGAGCUGGACAGGGAAGUGAACUACGUGGCGAAGCAGGCGCAGCAACCCGUGCGGGACGACGACAGUGA